AUGUUCUGCUCGUCAGCAUUUUUCGUCUGCAAACGGCACAUUGUCGACGGAGCAAAAGAGAUGCAAGAGAAGAAAGUCAAGGCAUUUCGUGAUCGAGAUAUUACACAGCGGCCGCCUUGUGAAAGUGCAAAUUUGCAAGCAUCACGUCACCCGGAGAUGCGUGAGAUUUUGCGUGCAGAGCGCUGUCUUGAGGUGACCCCGUUAGCCCGGCGACUCGGCUUCCGACAGAAGACUUUUCACGAUUUGGAGGUGAGUGCAAAAGAUGGG